AUGGCAACUUGGACACACCAGGUGUCAGUUUCACCUUUUGAUCUACCACAAUUCCCAGAAAUAAUUCCUUUCCCAGCACUAGAACAAUUCUUGGAAGGAUUUGUAUUCCUCAAUCAAAAGGAACUCAAUUUUCUGCAGGAUUGGAGCCUGAAAUUGACCGAACCAAAUUCGGCAACUCACGCGCUGGUCAGAACAAACUGGUUGCUUGUCGCCUUGUCGAAUAUCGCUGUCGCCAUGGGCCUCUUAAGAUCAGAGCCGAUGAAACAUGGCACGUUGGUGGUGCCAGUGGACCGUGCACGAGAGUUCAUCGAUCUUAUAGGCAAAAACACCAAGAUGCAAUUUGAGGACAUGAAUGCGCGGGAUAUGCAUCGUCCAUACAAAAAGUACAUCCAGAGGAUUGAUGAAAUGGAACGCAUCAUCCGAUUCCUCCUGGAAGAGUUGACGAAGGUGCCUGGCGCUUCCCCUGUCAAGCACAAUGUGGAUGCUUUCUUGGAUCACAGUGACGACUACAAGCUGGAUGACGUAGAGGCCAAUUUGCACAAGAUCCACAAGGAGUUCAUCCAGUUCAAGGAAAACAAUGGCAAACUUUUGGAGCGUCGAAAUGCUGCGCUGGAAGAGCGCUACGUCGUGCAGACUGCCAUGGCCUCCAUGGCACAUGUGGCAUCUUCCAGGUCAGUGCGAGCGCCUGAGGACCGUUUCGAGUUCGAAGCUUCCAGGUCUUUGCUGGACGAGGAGGGAGGCACCUCCAGAAGAAGUCUUGAGACAAUGUUCAGCAACAUUGCUGGAGUUAUCCACCAGGAGGAGCAGGAUCGAUUUGCUCGAAUGCUCUUCAGAGCGACCCGAGGCAACACCUUCACCCAUUUUCAGCAGAUCUUCGAGCCGAUGAGGGACCCAAAGACUGGUCGAGAAGUGCACAAAUCGGUUUUCGUGAUCUACUUCCAAGAUCAUCGCAUAGGAUCUUCCGUGUCUGCUAUGAGCGAGAAGAUCAACAAGAUUUGCAACUCUUUUGGUGUCAAUACUUAUCGGUGGCCGAGCAGCCGCACAGCAGCGCAAGAGAUGAACGACAGCUUGAAAGUGCAGGUUGAAGACCAAGAGAGGUUGCUGAAGGCGCACGAGCACUUCGUGAAGAGUGAGGCCGCCUCGCUGUUGGAGCCUGUUGAUCGAAACCGAGACUCCCUCAUCGAAGAAUGGAGGCUUUUCUGCAUCAAGGAGAAGUCCAUUUACGCCACACUCAAUCUCUUUGAGGGCAAUAUGAAUUUGCGUGCAAGCUGUUGGUAUCCCGAGGAGGAUGAGGAUCGAAUCCGUGCCAUGUGUAUCCAGAACAGUUCCUCCCACGGCCAUACCAGCGCAAUGUUGGUGCCGGACAAGACACCGCCACGAAAAUCGCCUCCUACCUACAUCAAGGUCAACGAGUUCACAGCCAUUUUUCAGGUGUUGGUCAAUACCUAUGGCCUCCCAAGAUACCAAGAGGCGAAUCCCGCCCUCUUCACAAUUGUCACCUUUCCCUUUCUGUUCGGUGUCAUGUACGGCGACGUUGGCCACGGGCUAAUGCUGCUCUCUGUGGGAAUCUAUGCGGUAUGGAAAGCGGAUGAGUUGAAGUUCAGCCUGCCAGUGAUGCACGAGGGUCGAUAUAUCUUGCUGAUGAUGGGACUCUUCGCUGUGUACUGUGGCUUCUUAUACAACGACUUCUUUUCCAUUGGCCUAACCCUCUUCGAGUCCCGGUGGACUCAACCAGCUAUUUCUCCAGAGACCAAACCUGGCAGCGUUGUGGCCAUGCAGCCCAAAUUUGACCAUGAAAACCGAGGUGGGCCUGGACCUUACCCCUUUGGUCUGGAUCCUGCUUGGCAUGGCGCGCAAAAUGAGCUCGUGUAUUUGAACUCGAUGAAGAUGAAACUGGCGGUGGUGUUGGGAGUUGCCCAGAUGCUGGUAGGCCUUCUUUUGCGGUUCACCAACGCAAUGUAUGAGAAAAACAUGGUAGACUUUGCAUGUGAGUGUGUACCAAUGUUCAUUUUCAUGAUCUGCUUCUUUGGCUUCAUGGAUUACAUGAUCCUCUUCAAGUGGGUGACUCCUAUGCGGGAGCCCCCCAGCAUCAUCAACUCCAUGAUUGCCAUGGCUAUGUGGAGCGAAGAUUCGAAUCCCAUGUUUGGAUCUCUAGUGCCACAAAUGCUGAUGGUCGUUUGCAUGCUGGCAGUGCCAUGGAUGCUGAUUCCGAAACCCUUUAUUCUGCACCGGCGAAACCAGGUGCAAUCCCGGCCAACGACGCAGCGCUUCCGUGCCAGCAGUGAUGGCCUAGGUGGCCACAUGCCUCUGAGUGACGAGGAAUCCUUGCUCUGUGAAGAAUCUGAGGAAGAUGAAUUUGAUUUGACGGAGGUGGUGAUCCAUCAGGUCAUUGAAACCAUUGAAUAUGUCCUGGGAACAGUGUCCCACACUGCUUCGUACUUGCGUCUAUGGGCACUUUCCUUGGCUCAUCAGCAACUGUCAUUGGUUUUCUUUGGCAUGACCAUGCUCGGCGGCAUGUCAGCACCAUUUCCGUUGAACAUUUUCACCACCUACUUUGCCUUUGGUGCUUGGUUUGGUGUCACAGUCGCGAUCUUGUUGGGCAUGGACGUCAUGGAGUGUUUUCUGCACACUUUGCGACUUCACUGGGUGGAAUUCCAAAGCAAGUUCUACAAAGCUGAUGGCUAUGCUUUCGAACCCUUUUGCCACAGAGAUGUCCUCCACAAGAAAACAGAUGAGUGAUGCUAUGGAAACGCCGCAAGCUAAUGGCAAUGUCUUGAUUAUUUCGAUGCUUCUAGAGCUGUGGUGUGCAAAUGAAAGGAUGCCGUGCAAAGUU